AAACAAGAAAGCUGCAUGAGUCAGGAAGGGAAAUUCCUGCUUCUCCACGGUUGCUGGUCUAUAAGAUAGAUGCUCCCGGUACUCCCUAGGUUCAGUCUUCCUGCUGUUCUCUGAAGAGAGCCAUCCAAGCCAAGGCAGCAACCAGGAUGAACACCAAGGGCAUCGCCAUAGCCUUGGCUGUGGUCAUCUGCGCUACGACUGUCCAAGGCUUUGUUAUGUUCAAAAGGGGACGCUGCCUUUGCAUAGGCCCCGGAGCCAAAGCAGUCAAGAGGGCAGAUAUGGAGACAGCGGCCAUACUUUACCCCAGUAACAGCUGUGACAGAACUGAAGUGAUUAUCACCCUGAAAGCAAAUAAAGGACAAAGGUGCCUGGACCCCAGAUCAAGGCAAGCGCUCCUUAUACGGCAGACAAUAGAAAAAAAGAAUCUUUUAAGGCACCGGAAAAUAUGAAGUCCUGAGGUGGGG